AGGUGAGGACUAAACGUGAAAAAACGUGAAACCACAGGGACCAUCCGGGCAAUUAACUCUUAUUUAUAUUUAUGUCUGAGCAAAUAAAUGAAGUUGUUGGGCGUUUGUCAUUUGACUGACUUGCCAAUGAGAUUCCUCUUCCCUCAUAUUCCAACUUUUAACAUGUAUUCAUCAAUACCUUUUCUUUAUUCACAUAACUAUUUGAAUUUUAUAGUCUUAUGGUAAGUAAUAAAAUGAUUCUUUUUUUUUUAUUUAAAUAGAAAAAUCUAUGAGGUGAAAAUGAAAUAAGAGAAUAAGAUGAUGACUUAUGGAGUAUGUGUAUGUAUGUAUAUAUAAAAUAAAGUAAAAGAUAAAAUAUUUAACUUGGGUUUAAUUAAAUAGUUAUUAGUUAAAGAAACAAAGGAUAAGUUAAGAUUUUUUAACGACAAAUGUUAAUUCUUUACGCCAAUAACUUUAAACUGCUCAUUUGUUCGGAUUUAAACUUGGACGAUUUUCUCUAUAUGGCAUAUGCUACUAACAAGUAAUGUGUAUGUAUUAGAGAAACUAAUUAGUAACUUAAUUCAAAAUAAUAAUAAAAUAAUCACAAAAACAAAAUAAAAAUAAAAAUAAUCAUAUGUUUUUUACUAUAUGAAACUAAAACUUGUGAAAUACCGUAAAUAAAAACUUAUCACUAAAUUUCAAAAUCUAGUAUUUUGGCAAAUUUAUUAUGCUCCAUUUUGCAUGUAUCUUAUCUUGGUCUUUCACGCCUACCUCACCAUAUGUAUAUAUAUAUAUUCCUUCACUGCCAUUUCACUAAACAGAUUGAACUCAAACACAUUCAUCAAUCAAAUUUAAUCCGUUAUGAAAAUGGAUGAAGAUAAUGCACCAAACUACCAACAAGGCUUUGAAAUUUCCGGGGACUUGUCUUCUCAGUCCAAGUUCUUCGACGACGAUGGCCGUCUAAAAAGAACAGGGACUCUUUGGACUGCUAGCGCGCAUAUUAUCACCGCGGUCAUAGGCUCUGGCGUCCUGGCAUUGGCAUGGGCCACGGCUCAGCUGGGUUGGAUCGCCGGACCCACUGUUCUUUUUCUUUUUUCCUUUGUAACUUACUACUGUUCUUGCCUGCUCGCCUCAUGUUAUCGUGACCCUGUGACUGGUAAACGAAACUAUACCUACACGGAAGCCGUCAAAUCCAAUCUUGGUGGGUUUAAAUUUAAGAUUUGUGGGUUCAUUCAGUAUUUUAAUCUUGCUGGAACUACAAUUGGGUACACCAUUGCUGCCUCCAUUAGCAUGAUGGCUAUAAAAAGAUCAAGUUGUUUUCAUGAGAAAGGACAUGAUAGUCGCUGUGGAGUAUCGGGGACUCCAUUUAUGGUACUGUUUGGGGCUGUGCAGAUCUUCCUCUCUCAAAUCCCGGAUUUCCACGAGAUUUCAUGGCUGUCGAUAGUGGCCGCCGUCAUGUCCUUCACUUACUCCGCCAUUGGUCUUGGUCUCGGGAUCGCUAAAUUUGCGGAAAAUGGUAAAAUCAAGGGGAGCUUAACUGGUAUAAGUGUUGGAGAAGUGACUCAAACACAAAAAAUAUGGAGGAGUUUCCAAGCAUUUGGGGCCAUUGCAUUUGCCUACGCUUACUCUAAUGUCCUCAUUGAAAUCGAAGACACGAUCAAAGCCCCGCCGCCACCGGAGACGGAGCAGGGAACGAUGAAGAAGGCGACUUUGAUAAGCGUGAUAACGACGUCUGUUUUCUAUAUGCUUUGUGGCUGUUUCGGUUAUGCUGCUUUCGGAGACCAUGCUCCAGGAAACCUUCUAACCGGGUUUGGGUUCUACGACCCCUUUUGGCUGGUUGACAUAGCAAAUGUUGCCAUCAUAGUCCACCUUGUUGGUGCAUACCAAGUGUUUGCACAGCCCAUAUUCGCAUUUGUUGAGGGUACCGCUUCAGAGUAUUUCCCGGAAAGCAAAUUCAUCACAGAGGAACUACAUGUUCCGGUUGUGGGUUACAAAGUGAAUAUGUUUAGAUUGGUAUGGAGAAGCAUGUUCGUGUGUAUGACCACCCUGGUUGCUAUGCUGAUGCCGUUCUUUGAAGAUGUGGUUGGGAUCCUUGGAGCGAUCGGGUUCUGGCCGCUAACUGUUUAUUUCCCGAUAGAAAUGUAUAUUGCUCAAAAGAAGGUACCCAAGUGGAGUAGGAAAUGGAUUUGUCUAGAAACGUUGAGUGUAGCGUGCCUUGUAAUUUCGGUUUGUGCGGCUGCGGGAUCAGUGGCUGGAGUGAUUAAAGAUCUCCAAGUCUAUAAACCCUUCAAGACAAUGCACUGAACUGACUGUUGGUUAAUUUAAGUCAUCAUGUAUGCAUUCCUAUUUACAGUAAUUUUGUUCAUUCUAAGGGUUAAAUUUGUUGUCAUUUUACUUAA